UUUCCUUCCCAGGGUACCAAGGGCUUUCCAUCUACCACGCAGGCUACAAUACGAGUUCCCCCACGCAUUGUGGAGAUCCGCUGUGCCUCCAGGCUGCAACAGACAACUCCUCCAGGCAAAAAAAAAAACAACAAGAAAAAAAAAAGCACAGGUUUUGGUGACAGGCACCAUGCGCAAUGACUGACUCUCUGCUCGUAUCCAGCAGGCGCUGCACAGACAUUUAGUCCGCAUCAUUCCUCUGACAGCUCCCUGAGAGAGAGGAGAGGAGAGGAGAGAGGAGAGAAGAGAGAGAAGAGAGCAGGGCUGGAUUCUCAGACUGUGAUAGUGCAGCAUGACGGACACGGUGAUGAGCAGCGGCUCGGAUCGCUGGCAGUCCAACGACAGGCAGAGGACCGUACAUGCUGGUGAUAACGAGCAGGGCAACUGGAACACGCAGCCGGGCCCUGGUCCUGGUCCAGACCUGACAGAUGAAGAGAAAGAGAUCAUAAACAGUGUGAUCGCUCGUGCUGAGAAAAUGGAGGCCAUGGAGCAGGAGAGAAUUGGGCGCUUGAUAAACCGCCUGGACGACAUGAAGAAGACCGUGUGCGGGGAUGGACAGUCCCGCUGUUUGCUGUGUGGAGAGCAGCUGGGUUCACCCGGGGUCAGCUCAGUGGUGUGUGAGGACUGCAAAAAGAACAUGUGUACCAAGUGCGGUACACAGUGUAGCAGUCGGCCACGCGCCGUGUGGCUAUGCAAGAUCUGCAGAGAACAACGAGAGGUGUGGAAGAGGUCUGGUGCCUGGUUCUUCAAAGGUUUUCCGAAGCAUUUCCUGCCAUCGCCCAUGCCUUUAUCUAAAGCCCAGGAGGCAGCAGCAGAGACCGAGGGGCCGCCAGCCGCUGAGCCCAGGCAGGGUGUAACCCAGCCACCGCCAUCAGCACCAGAGCCACAGGGCCGUGGUGGUUACCCACCUGUUGCCCCUAAACCAUCAGUUGGGCGCAUGGCCGCAGGAGGGGCUGGUCCUGAGGAGGCGGGGCAGGGCAGCCCAGUGGUGAUGAAGAAGAUGGUGCCCGUUCAGAGCUCCAGACCACAGCCUGCUGCAUCGGCCCCCAUGGCCCAGCAGGGUCCAGUGGCAGGAGAUGGAGGGGUUUACUCCUCCGGUGCUGUUCCCCCAGAGCAGCGAGCGCCUCCUGCAGCGAGAGAGGAGAGGAGGCAGCCCGCCGCCUACGGCGCUCCUCCCGCCCGACAGCAACCUCCCCCAGCUGAGGAGGAGGAGGAAGCCAACGACUAUGACUCUGAUGAAGCCACCACCCUGGGCUCUCUGGAGUUCAGUCUGCACUAUGAACAGGAAAGCAACAGCCUCCACUGUAGCAUCAUCAAAGCAAAGGGACUGAAGCCCAUGGACUCAAACGGACUGGCAGAUCCUUAUGUCAAACUUCAUCUGCUGCCUGGGGCUAGUAAGUCUAACAAGCUGCGCACAAAGACCUUGAGAAACACCCGUAACCCUGCAUGGAAUGAGAAUCUCACCUAUCAUGGCCUCACAGAGGAUGACAUGCAGCGUAAGACCCUCAGGGUGUCUGUCUGUGAUGAAGACAAGUUUGGGCAUAAUGAGUUUAUCGGGGAAACCCGAGUGGCGCUGAAGAAACUGAAGAUGAACCAGAAGAGAAACUUCAACGUGUGUCUCGAGAGAGUCGUCCCCACAAAGAGAACUGCAACAGCCGGGGGAGCCAGAGGCAUCGCUCUCUACGAAGAUGAGCCGGGGAAAGAAGGCGGAGAUGUGGAGGAGCGUGGCCGGAUUCUGAUCUCCCUCAUGUACAGCACCCAGCAGAACCGUCUCCUCGUGGGUGUCGUGCGCUGCGUUCACCUGGCCGCAAUGGACGCUAAUGGCUACUCCGACCCGUAUGUCAAAAUAUGCCUGAAACCUGACAUGGGGAAGAAAGCCAAGUGCAAAACACAAAUCAAGAAGAGGACUUUAAACCCAGAGUUUAAUGAGGAAUUCGGCUAUGAGAUCAAACACAGCGAACUGGCCAAGAAGGUUUUAGAUAUCUCCGUGUGGGAUUAUGAUAUUGGGAAGUCCAACGACUACAUUGGCGGCUGUCAGCUGGGUAUCUCUGCCAAAGGAGAGCGGCUGAAGCACUGGUACGAGUGUCUGAAGAACAAGGACAAGAGGAUCGAGCGCUGGCACACCUUGUAUAACGAGACUCCAGUCACUAGUGAUUAACCAGUCGCCGCCAGAAUAUACAGCAUGAGCUAAAACUUCCCCACUUGGUUUUCAUUCAUCUCCUAAUGCACUUUUAUUGUGUUAUUUAUUCUUUCACUACCUGACCAUCACACAGGCUCACUCACCUUCCCUUCCCCUCAUGUAGUAUCCUGUCCCCUAAUUAAUAACAAUUCCUCUGCCUGUGCUGACACUUAAUCUGCCUCUGGGACAAAUCACGGCAUAAAUGAAUUAGAGAUCUCACUAAUGUAACCAAGACAUCCGUCGACGAACAGCUGCACAAGGAACGUCAUGGCUGUCAGUGAUGUUAUAUAGCGCGCUGACACAUUGCUAAAGCAAAUGAAAAGCACUGGCACAGAACUAGAAAAGCAAUAUGUUAUGGUGUCUGCGGUCAAAACCCAUUCAAAGUCAUAAAAACCUCGAUUGAGCUCAUAAAUUCAUUAGCCUGUCAGGGUAUUUUUUUCUUUCUUUAUAUCUCGUGUGAUAUCAUCAUGCUGUAGUGUGCAACACUUGAACUGUAUAAGCAUGCCAAGCCACAGACAUAAGAAAACACGCAGCUGCACAUUCAAAUAUCUCAACUAUGCCCACCGUCCAGAACAUAUUGUAUAUUUCCAUGAAGAAAUGUUUACAUACUGAUACAUUGCUCAGGUUAGGAUAGACUUCUGAUAUACAGAUGAUUCAUAAAGUCAGUGGACCAUGAGCUCGAUGAAUCUGUCAUCAGCCGCUGUUAAUUAGUGAUUUAAAAUCAUAUCACACCUAGUUAAAAAUUAGGAAGUUUUGUGUGUAGUUAUUCAAGCUGGGAAUUAUGAUUUGUGAGAAGUAUUAACUGUGUGAUUAGAGAGACUUUCAGUUUAUUUCUUAGUUACGGUGAGAAUUGGCAGGAAAAAAGGAUUUUCCUCCUGCUACCUCAGCUCUUCAGAAGCUCGUGGUUCACUCUGACGAGGUUUUCUACUGUAGUGUUUACAUUGAACGCACACGGCCACACAUCUCCCGAACAAAUUUGGCUGCCUCCGCUUAACAGGGAGAGAACAGGUUAUGUCAUAUGUGCAGCUUUACCUGCAUGCACUGUGCUCGUGACUCCGGCGUGCCUGGAGCAGUCCGCGUUUACCCCGAUGCACACCCUUCGCACAAAGCAGGGCCCUUCUCUCCCCCUUCUGCCACACCCAGAUCAUUCAAGGCUUCAGCGUGCGUUUGUUCACUAAUCACAGCAAACCAAGGAAAGCACACCUCACAAAGUGGAAUGACCUCAAUUUAUACAGCUGUUUGCAAGUUAUUCCAAUGUCAAAAAUAAAGACGAAAACAAAAAAUCCUAUGCAUGAAAUGUCUUGUGGUUCAAGAUAUAUAUAUACUUUGUAAGAAAUUAAUGCUAUUGUAAUUCCAUCAAUGUUUACACUUCCUCUCCAUAACAUUCCUGUCAAUACUUUAUAUACACAAGGCCAUAUUCUGCAUGACUAUGGUGACUAAUGGUGUAAUCUGAAUAAACUGGGUUGAUGGCAUCCACAGGUAUGCUGAUAAUCAACCGAGCACAUCAUCAAAAGACUCUAUCGGUAGCAGAUAUUGAGAUAUUUCUGUACAUACACAUACAAAUCUCUCCAGUGUCUUGUUUUCUCUGCACAGCCACAGUGAUUCAAACACCCACCAGUAGCAUCACACACUGUCAUAUGUCGUGCUACUUCCGCUACAGUAAUCCUCACAUCAUGAUCAACAUAAAAAAAAAUAAUCAAUAGUUUUUUUAAACAGAAAAAAUAGCAGGCUUCUCUCUGAGCUAGAUCAUAGCUGUCUUCUACUUGAUUCUGCCAGUUCAGUGGAAUGUUUCUUGGUUUAUCUCUGUAUUUGUACAUAGAUAGUGCAUGCACUGGAAAAAAAAACAUGUAUGUUUGCAAAUAACUUUGCAUGUAAAGAUUUUGCAGAGAGUUUACACAGAUCAAUAAAAUCUAAUGAAAACUGA